AUGAUUAGCCAAAUGGAACUUAUCGGUGACAGCAAGGUUGGUAUCGCCGACAGCGAAACGGACGCGAUUAGCAUGUGCCGACAAAUCGCCCGCAACUACGACAAAGAUAAUAUCGACGAUGCCUUCAUGCUGGUCGACUUGGAUGUCGUUUUCGAUAGGUUUCUCUUGUGGAAGCGCGAAAUGCCUAUGAUCGAGCCCUUCUACGCAGUUAAGUGCAACACGGAUCCCGUCCUUGUGCGCACUUUGGCUGCCUUGGGAGCAGGAUUUGACUGUGCAAGCCGAGAAGAGAUAGAUGUUGUGAUGAACAUGGGUGUGUGGCCUGAGAAGAUCAUCUACGCCAAUCCAUGCAAGACCCGGUCGUUCAUUACCUAUGCAAAAGAGAGGAACGUUAGUAUGAUGACGUUUGACAGUGUCGAAGAGUUGGCGAAAGUCGCUCACCUGCACCCUGAUGCCAAGAUGAUUCUACGAAUUGCUGUUUCUGACCCGACGGCUCGGUGCCCUCUGAAUCUGAAGUUUGGAGCCGACCCUGUGAAGGGGGCUCCACAGCUGCUUGUACACGCAAAAGAGCUCGGUGUAAACGUGAUAGGCAUAAGUUUCCACGUAGGAUCAGGCUGCAACGAUCCUACAGCAUUUCGUAAGGCCUUGGCCGAAGCCCGCCAUUUAGUCGAGCUCGGCAGAGGCUUAGGAUUUGAUAUGAAUCUAGUCGAUCUGGGAGGUGGAUACCCAGGAACGGUCCAAGACACAUCAUUCGAGCAGAUUGCUGCCGUCAUUCGCUCUGCUGUGGACGAUUUCCUCCCUCCAGAGUUCGGUGUGCGUCUGAUUGCAGAACCUGGAAGAUUCUUCGCUGCUGCUCCCUUCACUCUCGUUUGCAACAUCAUCCACGCUACAGAGGUGCCAGCAGAAAAGAUAACAAAACGCCCUGAAGACGCUGAACAUCGCGGAUACAUGUACUACGUGAACGACGGUGUGUACGGGUCCUUCAACUGCAUACUAUUCGAUCACGUCGACCCUGUUGGAGAGCCCCUCUUCGACGAAAUAGCAGAACAAGUACCCGAGCACUAUUUGGGGACCAACAUGUGA